ACAUACUGUAGAAAAGAAAAAGAAAUUGUGACUCUCUCUCUCCCCUGAAUCCUGAUCUUCUUUCCUUCUCUCUCUUCUGAUCUUUUUCUCUCUCCUUUGAUCCUCUGGUCAAAAAUUCUAAGAUAAACAACUUUAAUCGGCGAACAAAAUUACAAAACCCUAUAAUUCGAAAAUAAACAAUCACCUUAGAAUUGAUGAGCAGCAAUGUCGGAGUUUUCCGAAUCUCCGGCACCGGAAUUUCCUCCGAUCGACCCAUCCAACUUCGACCUAAUUAUAAUCGGCACCGGCCUUCCACAAUCAAUUAUUUCCGCCGCCGCAUCAACCGCCGGAAAAUCCGUCCUCCACCUCGACCCUAACCCUUUCUACGGCUCCCACUUCUCUUCUCUCUCAUCUUCCGACUUUUCAUCCUUCUUUCUCUCUCCUCUCCCUCAACUUUCUCUGUCCUCCCCAACUUCCACCGACUACGACGCCGUUUCUCUCUCAUCCCACUCUCUGUACUCCGAUGUCCAAAUCGACGAAGAAUUUAGGGAGGAUUUUAGUCAUAGAUUUUGCUUCGAUGUUUCGGGACCUAGGGUUUUGUUUUGCGCUGAUUCUGCUAUUGAUUUGUUGUUGAAAUCUGGUGUGAAUCAUUAUAUGGAGUUUAAAGGCGUUGAUGCGAGCUUGAUUUAUGAUGCGGAGAGUAAGAGGUUUGUGAGUGUUCCUGAUUCUAGAAGUGCUGUUUUUAAUGAUCGGAAGAAUUUGAGUUUGACUGAGAAGCUAAAGUUGAUGAAGUUUUUAGAGCUUGUUAAAGAGUAUUCUGGAGGAGAAAGAGAAGGUGUUUUUUCUGAGGAGGAUUUGGAGAGUCCGUUUGUUGAGUUUUUGAACAAGAUUGAGUUUAAAUUGUCUCGGAAAAUUAAAUGGAUUAUUCUGUAUGCCAUAGCAUUUGCAGAUUACGACCAAGAAAAUUUAGAAGUUUGCAAAGAUUUGAUCAAGACAAGGGAUGGGAUUGAACGUUUGGCUCUGUAUCUUUCGUCAAUUGGAAGAUUCCCAAAUGCACCAGGUGCUAUGCUAUAUCCUGUGUAUGGCCACGGAGAGUUGCCACAAGCUUUUUGCCGUCGUGCUGCUGUCAAAGGAUGCAUAUAUGUAUUACGGAUGCCAGUAGCUGCUCUGCUUACAGAUAAGGGUAGUGGGCAUUAUAGAGGUGUGAGAUUGAUUUCUGGCCAGAAUCUCUUCAGUCAGCAAUUGCUGAUUGACCCACACUUUGAAAUUCCUCCAGCUUUGGCUUUGGCUUUGGCUGGGGCGGAUGGUUUACAAGGAUGCUCUCAACAUUCCAGCCAAAGAGAGAUUAAAAAGAAGGUUGCAAGGGGAAUUUGCAUUACUAAAUCAUCGCUGAAGUCAGAUGCUUCAAACGUUUUGAUAGUGUAUCCUCCAAGAUCUUUGUACCCUGAGCAGGCAACAUCAGUUCGUGCUCUUCAAUUAGGCAGCAACUCAGCAAUGUGUCCUGUGGGCAUGUUUGUUUUGCACCUGUCCACUUUGUGUGAUGAUGCCAGCCAAGGGAAGAAAUUGUUAAAUGCUGCAAUGAAUGCUUUGUCUGAGCAGUCCAUAUCUGGAAUCUCCGAAAUCAAUUCCUCCCAGAAUCCUGAAGACAACCCCGUGGAUCAGAGUGCAGUUACAGAAGAGCAAAAACCUGCGUUGGUGUGGACUGCCUUGUAUAUCCAAGAAAUUAAAGAGGAAUCAGUUAAUACUAUCAGCAGCAGCCCCUCCCCGGAUGGUAAUUUGAGCUAUAAUAACCUCAUUAAUAUCAGUGAGAAGAUGUUUCAACAAAUGUUCCCUGGUGAAGAAUUUUUUCCCAAGGAAGCUACAACGGACGAUCUUGACAAUGUUGAAAAUUUUGAUUCUUGAGUAAUAGAUAAUAUGACAAGUGCAAAUUUGUUAGGGAGCAAGCCUGCUCGGUCACUCGGAUGCACACUAUGGGCACAUGCGAGCUGAUGUGAGAAAAAGGACGCAGUGGCUAAUACUUUGGGCCUUGGCGUAUGCCUUGCUUGGCAGUUUGAAGAGCCUAGGCGGAUGACCCAUAGCCACGGGAGGUGGUUUUCUUAGUCCGGGAAGAUGGCACUUUUGCAAUGUUGCUGGUUGUUCUUCAGUUUGCCUAACUAGAUUGUGAUCAUGACCAAGUGAGUUGUAGAGAACGGUGAACUUCAUUUAAAAAAGUCUUGAAUAAAUAGUUUUGCUGCACUUUUGAUAGCAUUUAAGAGCCAAAAACUAGGACUCGAGAAGGUUUUUGCUUUGCUUCACGGUUAUGCUUAUUUAGUAAAAAUCAGUGGGAGUACUCCUGAUAUCCGAGUAAACAAGUUCAUCGAUACAACUUAAUCGUCUUGUUCGAGUGAUUUUGUACUAAUUAAUUAUUUGCUUGAAGGAUCUUUCCACCUCCCAAA